AUGUUGGCUCAUUGUCUUAUGCGAAUGCUAAGACAGUUUGAUCUGGAUUCUGAAGCAAUGAGUACCUGUGAAAAGGCCAGGGCGGAAGUUACAUCUAUUGUGAGUUCAGACAGACUGAGCAGUCUACCUCCAGAGAUAAAGGGCGAAAUCCUCUCCUGUUUGAAUGUUGAAGAAGCGGUUAGGACUAGCACCUUAUCAAGUACUUGGAGGGAUGCAUGGACUGAUAUGCCAGUAAUAUCUCUGUGUGAUGGAAAUCUUACAAGAACCAAGUUCGUUACGUUAGUCGAUAUGGUGCUAUUACUCCACAAGGGAACAAUAGAGGAGUUUGAAAUUUCAGGUAACAAAAAUUACCAUGAUGAGUUUGGUAGGUGGAUGAUCAUGCUGUCAAGGAGAUCACCAAAAUCAGUUAUAAUCAAGUUGAACUCGGGGCCAAGGUAUAAGAUUCCCUCGUGCCUCUUUUCUAUCGGUGAUCUGGAGCAUCUGCACCUAGAAAACUGCAUCAUCAGCUUGCCCCGGGCAUUCCAAGGUUUCAAGAGCCUUACGGACCUCACCCUGAAAAUCUUCUCCUCCACAGACAAGGAUAUCCAAAAUUUGAUCUCGUUCUGCCCCGCACUGACUGAUUUGAUAUUAGAUUCUUUUGAGGGCAUCAAACGUCUAAACAUUAAGGCUCCUAAACUGGAUUAUCUUUAUGCUGAAGGAGAUUUUGAGGACAUUAAGUUGGACGCACCUAAUCUGGAGGUGGCCUUUCUCUCUCUUGAUAAAGCGUAUCAAUCUGUUCCAAUUGCGCAUGACAAGGAAAGCUAUGUCAAGCAGUCAUUGGGUAGCCUAAGUGUCAUCGAAACACUUAGAAUUAAUGGUUUUUUCCUGAAGUAUCUAUCAAAAGGAUGCAUACAUACAAAGCUCCCUGCCGUGUUUACUCACCUGGAGAGUGUUUGUCUUAUGAUAUGCUUGUGGGAUCAGCGGCAAGUCUUGACUGCAUGUUCACUGUUUCAGAAUGCCCCUAACUUAAAGAAGCUUGAGGUGUCGAGUUUUCCUUGGAGCAUCCUUGGUCAGGGUGAGGAUCAGGUGGGCAUUCAAGGACUUAACCUGCAAUUGCAAAUGGACCAUCUCGUAAUGGCCAGUGUGAACCAUUUCGGGGGUCUGGACUUCGAAGUUGAUUUCGUGGCAAAGCUACUAAGCUGGGCACCAGCUUUAGAAGAACUGAAGAUAGACUGGAAGGGUGAAAAGGACUGUAGCAUGGUUCUUGCCAAGCUAUUAGCUCUACCGAGGGCGUCUACCAGGGCCAAGGUCAUUGUCACAUUUUGA